AUGGCAAUUUGGACCCGUUUCUAUGUGCAGAGAUGUUGUUUUGAGAAACAGAAGAACUUUCGUGGCAUGGAACGAAGUUUUUACUUUCAAUUUUAUCCAAAUCUCAUUGAGAAUGGUGUGGGGGUGGAUUUAUCUUCAACUUCUGUUUAUUUUUCCGAAAGGCAUGUGAAAGCAUUUCCUAAAACAACAAUCAACGUAAAAAUAAAAUAA